GAGGGGAUCCUAGAGCUCGAGAGGUUCCAGAGCUGAGGAGAUCCCAGAGCUGAGGAGAUUCCAGAGCUCAGGAGAUUCCAGAACCGAGGAUGUCCCAGAGCUCAGCAGAUUCCACAGGUGAGGAUGUCCCAGAGCUCGGGAGGCCCCAGAGGCCGGGAGAGCCCGGAUCUGACGGUGAGAUUCCUGAGUCGAGGGGAUCCUGUUCUGGGAUGGGGGAGAUCCUGAGCAAAUCCCUUUUUCCAGAAAUGACCCGCACGGUGACCAUCAAUAUCUACAACAGGACCCAGAACGUCACCCUGGAAUACCCCAGGAUUUACUUGCCCAGCGGCCACUGCUCCGUCCCCCCCGACCCCGAGGUGCCCCCCGGCUGUUCCACCACCUGUGAGUUCUCCAGCUCCUCGUCCCCGGGCUGCUCUGGGCUCCUGAUCUACUGGGUCGGUACCUGCACCUUGGCCAUCUACUUCUCCAACCCCCGGAAAGACAACAAGUCCCCCCGGGAGCUGGCCCUGGAACUGUCCUACUGCGACAGCUUGCAUGGCGAGCCGUUCCGCUGCGAGAGACUCGAGGGCAGGGUGUCCCUCUGCGAGAAACACAAGCGCGAGUUGGAGGACAUCUACAGGCUGAUGUCGAGGAGGAACGUCAGCACCACCACGGACAGCACCCUCGACCGCAUCGCCCCGGGCACCCGCCUGGAGACGGCCGUGGUGACCAUCAAUGGCAUUGAGGUGAUGGCCACCAUGUCCAACACACGGAACGCCGAGAUCAGACUGGUGGUGAGGAACAUGAGUACCUGGUGA